UUUUGACUUCUAAUGUCAAUCAUUGUUUUGUCAACAAAACAAAACCAGCAAAACGCAGUACAAAUUAUUUACCCUAAAUUUAUUUAAAUUUAGUAAACUCUGACCCAUAAACUAGUCCUCAAAAACGUAUAUGUUUUAUUAACAUCUUGGAGCAAUGGACAUUCGAAACGAGGUAAAAAUCACCGACAAAGAUUUCGAAAAAAAGAAAUUUGUCGUCCGGAACGCUGCUGACGUACAGCGAGCCAAAUUGGAAAAGCUGAUGAAAAAUCCGGAUAAACCGGUCAUUAUCCCCGAGUCGCCAAGGGAGCGUGACUUCUCCAACGCUAUCCCGUCGUUCGUGCGCAAUGUGAUGGGUUCCAGUGCCGGCGCUGGAUCGGGCGAAUUUCACGUUUAUCGACAUCUGCGUCGGAAGGAAUAUGCCCGCCAGAAACACAUCCAGGAAAAAAGUCGUUCCGAACAGUUAGACGACGAGUUCCAGCAGAAGCUGGAGCAAAACAAACAGGAUGCGGAGGACAGAACGGCCAAAAAGCGAGCCAAACGCCAGAAGAAAAAGGCCAAGCAGAAGGCUAACCGAGGAAAGAAGCCCCGGAAGGAGGAAGAGUCUGAGAAAAGUGAAAGCGAUGAGGAAGAUGAUGAAGUAGUCGAGGAAAAGGAGGAAGAUGAUCGGAAAACUCAGGGAAAGGAGGAAGUUAAUGAAGAAUGUGUAGAACAGAAGAGUAAUGAGGCGGUGGAAACCGUUGAUGACAACCCGAUUGAAGCAAAAAAUGAUCAGACGACGGAGGGGAAAGAUAAGGAAUUACCUUAUUCUACCCAAGACGAUGACGAAAAGAAAGAUAUCAAGGAGCCACAACGCGCGGAAGAUAGUACCGUAAGCGAUAAAGGCAAUGCUUCUAACUCAGAAGAUAGUAAAUAAAAUAAUUAAGAUUCUUUAAAAACAUC